AUGGCUCUCAACCGCAUCUGGUCUGCACGACCACUCCUGCAAACGAUUCCCAGAACAACACAGUGCGUGGGCGCGAGAAGUAUUCAACAGAAUCCGCCGUCAGCAACCGGUUCCACUGAAGAUCCAGCUUCCAUUGUCUCGAAACCAAGUUGGUCCGUCAAAUCUCUCCUACCAGAAAGUACAUCCCUUCCCCAGUCGCGUACGAUAUCUUCAAAGCAGCUCCACCAUCUCCUCCGGCUUUCCGCACUUCCACCACCCUCAAGCGUUGAAGAAGAGGAGGAGAUGCUGAAAACUCUUGAAUCACAAAUUCAUUUUGUGAAGGAGGUCCAGAGCAUUGAUACCACGGGUGUUACACCGCUGCGAAGUAUCCGUGACGAGACCGAGGAAGCACAGGAGGAAAAUAAAAUUAGUAUAAAGACCCUCGAUGCGUCUCUGAAACAAGAGCGCUAUAUAGGACGAAGCAGACGAAUUCACCGCACAAGACCUGAGAGACUUGACAACCCGGAAGGGGAGGUGUGGGAUGGUGAUGCCUUGAAACCAGCCUCGAAAACAAUGGGGAGAACCGGUCUUCCCGUAACUGCAUUCCACACUCAUCCAACAUUCAAAUAUCUCCUCACCUUCGUGCGCGUCAUCUCAUCGCAAUUUGUCGAUCUUCGUACAAGGCUCCUGCCGCAGAAGCUCCGUGCUGACUCAUCGGGUUGGCAGCCGUCGUCCACUUCGCCUGCUUCGUUCUUCGCUUCCUCUCUCGACAGUGCGCACAUGGAUUCGCCAACGUCAUGGAGCGGCCAGAGCGGCCCGCCGGAAGUGGGAAGACAGACACAACAAACACAGAUUGAUGUUGACCUGGCAUCCAUCCUCAGCCUAAACGAGCGACAGGAUCUGGCCUUGCUCAUUGUGGAUAUUAUGGAUCAGAUGCAGCAAACAAUUUGCGAUCAUUUCAACAUGGAGCAUCCGAGGCCUCAGCCAAAUGAUAACGAACUUUCCCCAGACAACCCCGACCCGAGUACUCUCAAGCAAGAGAGCCUGACCCCUACACCCCGAAAGUCAUCUACAAUGGAAGUCAAAGUUGAGGCGGAAGCAUUUCGGUAUUUUAGUGCCUGGAAAGAUUCAGUCACUUAUCGCGUUGGGGAUAUCAUAAACGCCCCUGAUUAUCCGGAGCUUCGCAACAGGCAGCAGCAGCACGAGGGCCAGAUUAAUGAGAGCGCAGAGAGCACCACCACCACACCUGAUACUUGCAGGUACCCGCCAAUCGAAACCCCCCUUAAGGAACUUCCACGUGCCACAAAAUUAAUCAUUCUGCAUUCGGUUCUCCUUUUACUUCUAAGCCUUCAACACUACAGUGCACAUUCACGAGUCCUUCUGCUCAGAAUGGUUUCCAGCCUUGGAUUGUCAAUAGAUGACCUGGUUAACGAUGAGAUAAAGGUUGCAGAAGGUCUGUUACAGACUGCAAAAAUAAUGACGGCAGAUGAAGAAGCCAAGGCAAAGUUUGACAAGACGAAAACGUCAAGAAAGUGGAAAGUUGGUCUUGCGUCCAUCGCAGGAGGUGUGCUCAUUGGGGUGACGGGAGGACUAGCUGCUCCCUUUGUUGCUGCCGGUAUUGGUGCGGUGAUGGGUGGACUUGGCCUAGGAGCGACCGUUGCAGCGGGAUAUCUUGGCGCAGUUGCUAGUAGUACCGCCAUUAUUGGAGGGAUAUUUGGGGCCUAUGGUGCAAGAAUGACAGGCAAGAUGAUGGACCGGUACGCACGGGAAGUUGAAGAUUUUGCAUUCCUCCCCAUCCAUACGCCAACAGCUUCAGAGGGAGAAAAUAUAGCUUCCGUACGAACGGAUCAACGUCUUAGGGUUACAAUCGCUAUUAGCGGCUGGCUUACUGAACAGGAGGAUUUUGUAAACCCUUGGCGGGUUCUUGGACAGGAUUCCGAAGCAUUUGCGCUGCGAUGGGAGUUUAAAGCCCUAGUGAAACUCGGCAACGCGCUGACAGCUGUGGUGAGAAAUGCAGCUUGGGCUUUUGCAUCCAAACAAGCUAUCACUGGAACCGUUUUCGCACCCAUCCUUGGCGCAGUUAUGUGGCCUGUUGCCCUGCUAAAGCUUUCACACAUAAUCGAUAACCCGUUUAGUAUCGCUAAAAUUCGCGCUGAUAAGGCUGGCCAAGUCCUCGCGGACGCGCUAAUCAACAAAGCUCAGGGUGAACGUCCAGUAACGCUGGUCGGAUAUUCUUUGGGUGCUCGUGUGAUAUUUUCUUGCCUCAUAAGCCUUGCGAGAAGACGAGCGUAUGGAUUAGUUGAAUCUGCUAUACUUAUUGGAUCGCCGACUCCGUCGACAACCAGCCAUUGGCGAUUGAUGCGGACGGUUGUUAGUGGUAGACUCGUCAAUGUCUUCUCACUUAACGACUCGAUCCUCGGAUUUUUGUACCGUGCAAACAGUGCCCAAUUCGGAAUAGCUGGUCUCCAGCCUAUCUCUGGCGUCCCAGGCGUAGAAAACUUCGACGUGAGCGAUGCGGUUAGCGGUCAUUUGAGAUACCAGUAUAUGGUUGGAUCCAUUCUCAAAAGAAUCGGGCAUGACCAUCUGGACAAGGAACAAUUGCGAAGGCAAAUCGACAUGCUGAGAGCUAGAGAUGAAGGAGACGAGAAGAGACUUGAAUGGGAAAAGGAGCAAGACCAAAUUAAGAUGAAGCUGAGGCAACAGAUGGAGAACAAUCUCUCGCGGGAACCUUUACUUGUUGAUGUGCAGCCAGUUGAAAGAGAAGGGGAAGAACGGCAAGGCCAGCGUGAGAUGAACAUGGGGCAACAACUACUCCAGGAAAAUAAUAGUCUGUUUGAACCGUCGUCCGCUGACGUGCAGCGACUGGAGAGAAUGGUGGAGGAACAGACACAGCAAGCCCUGUGUCACGCCCAACUGGCAAGACUCGAGAUUGUGGACCGCACUAAUGACUGA